ACAGAUUGACAGCUACAAAGGUCUGUAGGGAACGGCGCUCAUCAAUUAAUUGGGCAAAUAUUUCGAAAUCUAAAAUAAAAACAAAACAAAUCUCCUCUCCUGUUUGACUCAACGAUCGUGCCUCACUCGAUCACCAAACUUCGCUAUGCAUGGGAACAAUCCUUAUCCUUACCUCAGCGGCACAGCGGAUUCCUCAGCAAACACUCCAUCCCGGCGCAACCGCGAUCCCACCGGAUUCAUCCCCGUAGCCCCAAGCGCCGCCGUUCCCGGCGUUCCUGCCAUGCUUGACAUUACUGCCGUUAACCCUAUGUACACCCUCCCAAGAGGCCCCGCCAAUCUCUUCGUCCCUGACGCCCAAAUGCUUUUCCACGUCCUCGGAAUCUGCGACGGGAUGAUGAACUCCACCGACCAUUUUACCCGCUCAUUCCCCGGGUGGCUCCCGAUCGUCUCCCACCUUUACAUAUCCGUUCUCUGGAAUUUUAUGAUUCUCAAAGUCUUCGUCAACUCCGGUCACGGCGCUAUGUUUGACUUGCCCCAUUUUCAAAUCGGCGAAUGCAUGAUUCCCGGCCCACUGGUCCCAUUCUUCCAGUCCCUUGCGGCGGUCAGCGGCCCGUUUGACUGGAUUGGGGAUAUCGUUCCUCAUCUGCCUGGCUUCUCGAUUUUCUGGAACGCCGUGGGAUUCCAUGCUAAUAGUGACUAUGCCCGCCAAGUCCCUGUCCCUGCCCUUAUCCUCGACCAGCUCUACCACUUCGCCACCUGGCAGAUCCCUGAGGAUACAACCAUAUUUGACAAGUUUGAAUGGUAUGGGAACAUUUUCUCACAAGAUAUCGACACUCAUAAUUCCUUCAACUGCAUGGGUCCACAGCUUUGUGGGUCUCUGUGGACCUCGAGUGAACAACUCGAGGCCGCACGAUGGUUUUGGAAUGCGGCUUUUUGUGAUAUCAGAUUCAGUCGGGUUGAUGCGACGCGUGAUCCAUUCUCUCAUUAUCACCAACUAUUUGGAUUUGUGUCACAAACUGGAACCCCGCAUGGUUCCAGAAUGUGAACUUUAUCAUGCAAAAUUAUGCUCAGUACUUCAAUGAGUCGGUCCCCUUCAAAUGCAUCUCUCUCGAAGGCGUUGGUGCUGUUGUUGUUCACGGUGAUCCGAGAAGCAACGCGGCCACUCGAGACUGGAUUUAUCCUCCCAUGGAUAAUAUUGCUCCGUUUCUCACCACUCGUUUCAACCCUCGCCGGGAAUUACCCAACGAUUUUACGGUGGUAUUUCAACAUGCUGACCUUCAGAUUGAAAAACUGGCUGAACGGUAUGCUAUAGUGGCUCACACCAACAUCCGAUGGCCAAGUUCUAUAGCUGCUCAAAAUGAUUGGCCGGCCAUCAACGAUGAGAAUCUCCACGUCGGAGAUUAUUGGAAUAUGAAAAGUCAUCGGCUUUCCUCGCCGAUUGUUGUUAAAGCAUGGUUUGCAUUGAAGAUAGCUCAACGGUACCACACCGAUCGACCAGCUGCUUAUCACUUAAAUUAAUUCUACUAGUUUCGUACAAAUUAAAAAAUCAUUAAACACUCUAUGGUGCUUCUCAUUCCGGACCUUGUGGAGUUGUGAUCUUGUGGAUAAGUUUCCUUUUUUUGCAUUCAUCUUUUUCACUCAAUGUUGGUAUAGCCACUCUUUUACCCUUUGGAUGAAUUUUUAGAUCUGCCCCGACUUGAUCAUUGAGCUGGUUUGAAU